AUGAAGCAAGACGAUAUCCAGCCUCCGAGGGUGACCUCAGGCCCCGGAUAUCCCGAAGCAUUCGCGGCCCAACUCGAGACGGAGCUUUCUGCGCUGCGCGAGCUCAUUGCCAGGCAGUCCAGCGACGGGCAUCUAUUCGACAAGAGAGUCGCUGUCGACACGCCAGGAUUGGGAGAGGGCCACGUCAAAUGUUCCGUGUGCUUGCCAAAGGCUCCCGGACCAACCCCGGGAUUUCCGGCGCCUCUACCCCUGAUCAUUUUGCUAGAGGGCGGAGGCUUCGCUCUCGGCCAGCCGAUCGCCUCACUCGACUACGCCAAAGCUCCCCGCUACCCCUUUCCCCACGCCCUCCUCCAAGCAUACGAAAUAUUCAAAUGGUCAAUCUCGCCAGCGGCAGAGCGGACACUGGGCGUCGCAGCGGACCCAUCUCGUGUCACCGUCGGCUGUUCAGCCGGCGGCAACCUCGCGACCUCCCUCUCGCUCCUCGUCGCCUUCACAGCCGGGCCGACCGCCCCAUUCCGCGCCGCGCUGGGCCCUCACUUUCGGCAGGUCGCCCAAGUCCUGGUCUAUCCCUGCCUUGCCCUCCACGAGCGGUACGGAGAACGCUUCGCGCGCGCGAGCCCCGAGGCCCAGGCCAAGAGUAUCCCCAUCGUCAUGCUGGAGAAGAUGGAGGCUGCUGGGAGAUUAUGUUUUCUGUAG